AUGGCGGGGUCAGAGGCAGAGGGGGCGCUUACUCUCGAGGACGCGGCGGCGGCGAAGGCAGCAGUGCCGGAGACCGGGGUCUCCGCCCCAGUCGCUCCCGCGGGAGUAACCCUGGCGGCUGAGACGAAGGUGCCCACAGGGGUACCGUUGGCGGGCUCGGCGGCGACGAUCGUGCAGUCGCCGGAGCCGUCGGCGGAUCUGGCGAUUUCUGGCGUCGUGAUGUCGUCCUCGACGGCGACGUCAGAGUCGGCCCUCGUUUCGCCCUCGGCUUCCUCCGUCCCGGGGGCGUGGAGAGGGCCCGUCCUCCGCUGUACAUCCCGCGACAACCCGCUGAGGCGCCUCUACGCGCUGGAUGAUGCCGCCGAGUGGCAUAGGUGGCAGGCGAUGCACGGCGGCGUCGGCCAAGUUCAGGCGGCUCUGACCUCGGCGCUGGGAGUUUUGGCCAACGCCGUGGUCCCUGGCAGCCAGCUCGGCGCCGCCCAGGGGGCCGUCCGCGAGCUGGAGGGGCGCGAGCAGGCGGCGUUAGACGGGGCGCGGCGUGCCGAGGCCAGGUUCCAGGCUGUCGCGGAGAAGGCCCGCCUUGACCUCAAGGAGUUCCAGGCCGCCAUGGACAGGGCCCGCCGUGAUGCCGAGGGGCUAAAAGCCGCUGCUGCUGAGCGGGCCCGCCGUGACGCCGAGGAGCUGGCGCGACUGAGGGGGGAGAGUGGAGCCCUCCGCGCGGAGCACGAGCAACUCCGUUUGCAGGUGCAGGGGCUCCAGUCCGCCUUGUCCCGCAGCGUCGACCGGGAGCGCGAGCUGAAGCUUUAG